CUAGGACUCUAGAAACCGCAGUACCCAGAAGGCUGUUCAGGCCUGAGCCAAUAAAGGCUCAGAAAAGGGUUUUCCGUUGGGGCCAAACGCAUGUGGGUGGGACUUCCGUCGCCCUGCUGGCGGGCAUUUUGCCUUCUCUCCAGAACACCUCAGCGGUCAAGGGAAGCUGAGCGCUGGGCCGCAGUAAAGGUGUUCGUGAGCGGAGACCUGGUUGCAGUGUUGCAAAGGCGACUGUGAGGCUCCGGGGCCUGGUCCAGGAUGGGGACCGCGGUGCACGGCGCCCCCGCCUGGCCCGCCACUAUGGCCCCGCUCCGCCCACAGAGUCCGCUGGCGGCGGCCACGCUGAGGCGCCCGGCUGAGGUUGUUGUGACCUUUGAGGAUGUCGCUGUGUAUUUCUCCAGGACCGAAUGGCGCCUCCUUGAUGAGGCUCAGAGAUGCCUGUACGUCAAUGUGAUGCUGGAAAACUAUGCUCUUGUAUCUUCGCUGGGUUGUUGCUGUGGAACAGAAGAGGUGGAGGCAGCCAUUCAAGAGAAUAUUUCUGCAGGAGUCUCAAGGGCUAAGAAUAUUAAGUCAGCACUGUCUUCCCGGAAGAGCCACCCCUGUGAGAGUUGUGGGUUCAUCUUGAGAGAAAUUUUCCUCUUGGUUGAACAGCAGGGAAUACAAGAGAAACCAAUGGUGCUGAGCUGUGGGGCAUGUGCAAAACCAUAUUAUUUCAGUGCACAGAGUUACCAGGACCAGAAGGAACAGAAAGCGAAGAAUUGUUUCAUCAGUAGUGUUGACAGGGUCUCACUUGCGAAGAGCUGCAAUUUCCAUGUGUCUUGGAAUCCUUGUACCUCUCGUCAGUUUGAAAAGUGCUUCCUCAUCAGCUCAAGACACCUUGAGCAAAUGGCUGCUCACACCAGGCCCAGGGCAAAUGACAUCUCUAAGUCUGUAAUGACUUUUCAGACUACAAAAUAUCACAUCCAAAAAGAAUGCAAAAAAGCCAUUGGCUGUGAUGACACACUUGUUGAGGACCAGAGAUUCCUUACAGAAAGACAAUGUAUUUUGUGUUGUGAAUGUGGGAAAUCCUUUACCACCAGCUCUUCCCUCCGUGUUCAUCAGAGAAUUCACACUGGAGAAAGGCCUUAUGAAUGCAGUGAAUGUGGAAGAUCUUUUAAUUUUAGCUCUGCCCUCCGGUAUCAUCAGAGAGUUCACACUGGAGAAAGGCCUUACGAGUGCGGUGAAUGUGGGAAAUCUUUUACUGGUAGCUCUGGCCUCCGUAAUCAUCAGAGUGUUCACACUGGAGAACGACCUUAUGAUUGCAGUGAAUGUGGGAAAUCUUUUGCUGGAAGCUCUGGCCUCCGAUACCAUCAGAGAAUUCAUACUGGAGAAAGGCCUUAUGAGUGCAGUGAAUGUGGGAAAUCUUUUACCGGUAGCUCUGGCCUCCGUAAUCAUCAGAGUGUCCACAAUGGAGAAAGGCCUUAUAAGUGCACUAAAUGUAAAAAAUCUUUUACCAGAAGCUCUACACUCCGUCAUCAUCAGAAUGUUCACAAUGGAGAAAGGCCUUAUGAGUGCAGUGAAUGUGGAAAAUCUUUUACCUAUAGCUUUUCCCUCCAGUAUCAUCAGAGAGUUCACACUGGAGAAAGGCCUUAUGAAUCCAGUGACCAUGGAAUAUCUUUCACCAGUAGCUCUGAACUUUGUAAACAUCACAGAGUUCACACUGGAGAAAGGCCUUACGAGUGCAGUGAAUGUGGAAAAUGUUUUACCAUUAGCUCGUCUCUCCGUUAUCAUUACCGAGUUCACACUGGAGAGAGGCCUUACAAAUGUGGUGAAUGUGGGAAAUCUUUUACUAGUAGCUCUGCCCUCCGUAAUCAUCAGAGUGUCCACACUGGAGAAAGGCCUUAUGAGUGCAGUAUAUGUGAAAAAUCUUUUACCAGGAGCUUUUCCCUUCGUCAUCAUCAGAAAAUUCACACUGGAGAAAAGCCUUAUGAGUGCAGUGAAUGUGGAAAAUCUUUUACCAUUAGCUCAUCCCUCCGUUAUCAUCACAGAGUUCACACUGGAGAAAGGCCUUACAAGUGUGGUGAAUGUGGGAAAUCUUUUACCUGUAAAUCUGGCCUCAUUCGUCAUCAGAGAGUUCACACUGGAGAAAGGCCUUAUGAGUGUGGUGAAUGUGGGAAAUCUUUUAAGAAAAAAGAUUACUUUCAUUCUCAUCAGAUUUCACACUGGAGAAAAGGCUUAUGAGUUUGGUGAGAAUGGGAAAUGUUUUACCCAUUGCUUUACCUUCUGUCAUCAGAAAGUUUAAACUAGAGAAAGGCCUUUUGCAUGCAGUGAAUGUGGGAAAUCUUUUACCAGUAAUUCUGCCCUCUGUUAUGACACAGAGUUCACAAUAAAGAAUUGCUUUUUAAGUGUGGUGAAUAUGGAAAAUAUUUUACCAGUCUCUCAGAACUUUGUAAACAUCACAGAGUUCACAGUGGAGAAAGUUGUUAUGAGUUGAGUGAAUGUGAGUAAUCUUAUACCAGUAGCUCUGCCCUCUAAACAAGAGUUCACACUUAAAAAAGGCCUUAUGAGUGUACUGAACGUGGGAAAUCCUUUAUCUGUAGCAGUCAUCUCCAUUACUAUCAGAAGUUCACUCCAGAGAAAUACCGAUGAGGGCAGGGAAUGCAGGAAAUCUUUUAUCUGUAGCAUUAAUCAUUGUAAUCAGACAACACACAGGAGCAAAGUUUUAUGAAUGCAGAGAAUGUGGAAAAUUUCGUUUCAUUGGUAACCUUCCUUUAGAGAUUUCACUUUGGAAAAAGGCCUUAUGAGUGCAUGAAAGUGGGAAACCCUUUUUCUGUAGCAGUCUCCUCUGUUGUCAUCAGAGAGAUGACCCUGGAAAAGAGCCUUAUGCCUGCAGUGAAUUUAGGAAGUGUUUUUCUUGCAUCAGUGAUUUCCACUAGUAUGAUAGAAUUUAAAUUGCAGAAAUGUAAUUUAAGUGAUGUGAAUAUGAGAAAUCUGUUAACUGUAUUCAUUCUCUUCAUUGUCAUUAGAGAAUUCACAAUGUCUUAAUUCUUAUAACUAAAGAAAACUUGGGAAAUCUUGUAUUUUCUAUCCAUUGCCUUUGUUAUCUUCUGAGAAGUCACACAGGAGAAACAUUUUUAUGUACAUUCAAGAUGAGAGUUUUAUUUCGUAGCACUAUCCUCCAUUAUAUUCAGACAUUUCAAUCUGGUAAAAGGCGUGAGUACAGGGAAUGUGGGAUGUUCUUUUCUAUCCUUUCUCCUUUCUUAAUCAUCAGAUUACACAGGAGAUAGGUCUUAUAGGGGCAUCAUAUAUGGGACAUCUUUUGCCUCAUAGUCAUAGAUGCCUUAAUCAUAGUUCACACAGGUUAAAGGCUUCAAGCAAGAAGUGAAUAUAGGCAAUCUUUAGGCAUAAGUCCAUACCCUUUUGACAUUGGAGAGGUCUCCCUACGUAAAUGGUUAAAUUUUAGGAAAUUUUGUUUUCUUCAGUGUAAUGACACUGAAGAAAACAAAACGUGAGUUUAAACUUAAAUGCUCACAGUGUGGACAUGUCUCAGAAGUUUAAUGUUUAUAUUUUGAAGUAUCUAACAAGGUACGAUCUAAACUAAUUGUAUCUUUAUACAUUCAUACUUAUAGUGUAUGAGGGUUGCCUCUUACCACUCUAUAACAAAAUCUUGAUUUGUUUAAUUUUUAUAAUUUUAGCUCUGUUAUGCUCUAUUGUUUUAGUUGCACUUCCCUAAGGAUUUAUAAUGAGCAUUUUUGCAGAAGUGUAUGUACUAGUGAUGUGUUUUUAGUAAAAUGUGUGCUUACAUAAUUUACCUAUUCUUUUAUUAAAUUGAGCUACUCUCCUUUAACAAGUUAGAAUGAAACAACAGGUAUCAAGAUCUAUGUUGUAAUGUCAGCCAUUUUCAUUCCUUGAAAUAACGUUUUUGAUUUAUGGAAUAACUUUUUUGUAUAACUGUUUUUAAUAGUGAAAGACAUACAAAUUGCUUGGAUUUUCCUUCUUUUUCUUU